AUGACGGCGGACGUGGAGGACGAGAGCCUUUUGGCGUGCGUCUUCCAGGACUGCUUCCCGGACAGCUGGAAGGACAAUGCCGAUCUGGCGGCCUACUUAUCGGAGCUCAGCUCGUUCGGCGUCGAUGAGUUGGGCCGCGAGGAGGAGCGGCUGGCGGAGGAGCGAGCGCGAGUCCUGGAGCAGACCCGACACUUGGCCUUCUCCGACUACCAGACCUUCAUCCGCACCGCAGACUGCACCGAGCGCAUCUACCGAGAUUUUGGCCGGGUGGAGGCCAGCGUCUCCCGCCUGCUUGAUAAGCUGCCCGCCCUCGCUCAUAGAUGCCGGAGGUUCGCUGAGGAGGCGGAGCAGAUGUCGGCGAGGCGCGCAACCAACACGCUGACGCUGAAGCGCCACACGGAGAUUCUGGAAAUCCUGGAGAUCCCUCAGCUGAUGGACACGUGCGUGCGCAACGCUUACUACGAGCAAGCGUUGGAGCUUGCCGCUUACGUGCGACGCCUAGACAACAAACACGGAAGCAAUCCUCUCAUUCAGGGUCUGGUACGCGAGGUGCGCGAAAGCUCCGGGCUGAUGCGGCUGCAGCUCCAGCAGCAGCUGCGCAGCGAGGCGCAGCUGUCGUCGUGCCUGCGCGCGGUGGGCCUCCUGCGGCGCGCCGACGCCCCGGACGAGGCCGAGCUGCGCGUCAAGUUCCUGCGGGCCCGCGGCGCCUGGCUGCGCUCGGCGCUGGACGCCGUCCCCGACGCCGAACCCUACGCGCACGCCAGCAAGAGCGCCGAGGCCGCCCGAGCGCACCUCUUCGACGUGCUGACGCAGUACCGCGCCGUCUUCUCCGAGCCCGGCCACGCCCCGCGCCCCACCCGCGUCCUCCGCGGCUGGCUGCUCGCCAAGGUGUGUGAGCUGACUGAGUCGUUAGAGCGUGACCUGCAGCGCGGGGCGUCGGCCCGGCUGGACUCGCUGGCGCCGCAGUGCAUGUACUUCGGACUGUCCUUCGGCCGAGUGGGCGCCGACUUCCGGGGCAGGCUGGCAGACAUUUUCCCACGGGCGGCGGCCGAGGCCUUCGGUGCGGCGGCACGGGAAGCAGCCGAGGGCUUUCGCCGAGACCUGGGCGCGUAUACGCCUGCUCCCCCGCCACCGACGCCACCAGGGACGGCGGCAGCCCCGGUUGAAGGGACCGUCGCCCCGCCCCACACCCUGCUGGACUUUCCACCGCUGGCCCGCUUCCUCAACCGCAUUCUGGUGGCCUUCAACGACCUGCGCCUGUGCUGCCCCCUGGCGCUGGCCCGCCGCGUCACCCUAGACCUGCACCUAGCCUUGGCCGACGUGAGCGAGGAGCUGUCUGCGUUCCACCGCGCCGAGGAUUCGGCGUUGAGCGACGGCGAACGCAGCUUGUUUGCGCGCAUGUGCCGCACCUACGCCCGGGACCUUCUGCCCUUUCUGGACCGCUGCCUGCAAAUCCUCUUUCCUGCCCGACAGAUGGCGCUCAUUCUCGGUGUACCGGCAUCUGGUGCUGAGAAUGUGGCACGCGUGGACGUGGAGCGGCUGCUGGAGCCGCUGGACUUCUUGCCGCCUGAGGACGAGCCAUCCUCGGAAGAAAAAGCCACCGCCGUCGUCUCCCCGUGA